AUGAGACGACGAAAAUCGAUGGAAAGAAUUAGAUCCAUUCUGCCACCAUUGCCCUCGUGUUGGAGUGAUCAUCUUCUUCAUCCGGAGCAUCUCUCGAGUGGAAGCUCAGCCGUGAGCCCAUCAAAUGUUUCGGACGAGUUCUCAUUUCUUGAUGGUUUAACGGGAAGUCCAGGGAUUCCGUUGAGUUCACCGAGUUUCCCUUUGCCCACCAGUCCACCACCGUCAAACAGAAGUCCGAACUCAAGGACACCUGAGGGCUUACGAAUCGUGGAAUGGAGAACGGGGAUGAGCGCUGUUGAAAUGGUCGCCCCUUUACCCCAAUCCACACAUCACACUGGCAUUGAGCAACAAAGUGAUUCUCAUCAAUUGCACCAAACUUUCAUCCGGAAGACUUCUCAAGUUGGGAUGGAUCUUGCUUCGAGAUCCCCUGAAAUCGAGCAUCACAUCGAAGGCGAUGAAAAGGAGAAUCGGCAUCAAUCGAUGGAGAGUUCGGAGAAAAAUUUCGAUGAAGUAAAAGAUGUGACAAGUUCGGAAGAUUACGUCACUUCACCGCAAAGUGAUGACGAGUUGAGUGAGGGGUUGAAUGAAGAAAAAUCCAUGUCCGAGGAUCACCGAUCGUUUGAUGAAACGCGUAGAGAAGAAGUUGAAGAGUUGGACUACUCGAUUACACCGGGUUUGAUGAACGAGUCGACAAUGGAAAACUAUCAGACACCUGAGACGAGUCCGACUACAAUUGAGGCACAAAAUAGUGAGCCAACGGAAACCUCUUCUAUGCUACAAGAGCUGCAACGGGAAAUGUCCUGGCGAGAUGGGGAUGAGCAAAUCAUUUCAAAUGCAAAUGAAGAGCGAUCAAUUGUCGACGAAGUUUUUGCGAAUUUAGAAGCCCGAAAGCGGCUCUCUGAUUUAGAACCGAUUGGAGAAGAAAGUGAAAUGGGAGAUUUGCGCCGUUUCGGGAUCACUCGCCGAUCAGCUCCAACGUUGGAUUUGCAGUUCUCGGAGAUCUUGACGCCCGAUGAACCCGAAGAGAUGGCGCCAACACGAUUAAGUAGCAGAGAGCCUUCAAUAGAUUCCUCGAAUGAAUCGCAUCGAUCGCCUCUUUUUCAGCCAAACUCUCAUCAUCGACGAGCAAUCUCCGAUCAUUGUGGCCAUGAAUUGGAAAGAAAUCCGGAAUUUGAUGAAUCGAAGAUAUCGGAUGUCCGGCCUCGUCCAAAACCGACGUCAGCAGUGGCCAGACGAGUGAGCAGUCAAAGAAGCAGUCACAAUCCCCUUCUCCAAGCUUCCACUUCUGAGGAUGCGAUGAUUAUUGAGAAAUUGGAAAGGACACAAAGCAACUCCGAUCCGGCGUUGAAUGAAAAAGCGCAAGAAAGGCGAACUGGAGAACCCCAAGAACAGCCACCACCCGUGCGAAUCAUGCGAAAAGCGAACGGAUCAUCGUGGAAAAACUACAUGUCCUCAGUGUCCACUUCAUCGCAUACGUUCAUCAACACGACAAUGGCCGAAAUGAAUGCGAGAUUGAGAGAGGUCUCGCCUCAAUCGGGCACCCCACCCCCGACUCCAUCACACAUUUCGUCGAAUUCGGUUGAUGUGAACGCGAAUCGCUUGACGAUACGUGAAGAGGACGAUUUAUGGGAUGAUGACGAGGUGAGGCUGAGACCAAAUGGAUCAGCGAGCUCAACAAGUACAACAUCGGGAUUCGGAGUGACGUCAUUGGAAAGAAAUCCUUUGGAGACGCCGAUGACGAGAAGAUCGUUCACAUCGAAUCCUUUGAUGAGAUCCGUUUCUUCGAAUGGAGUCGUUUCCGUGAUGAGAAGAUCGUUGAGAUUUAUUCGCGGGAAUUCGAAUGAAAAGGGGAAAAUAACGGGCGACACACUCGCACAAACGAGACGAGAAUCGGUGAUCGAAGUUGAGGAAGAUGAGGAGAAGAUCGGCUUGCAAAGAACUUUCUCCACUUCAGUCACGUUGAGAAAGAAGGGUUUACAGAGAGAUGAGUCGAUUCGAUUUAAGGCGAGGCCUGGUGAGAGUCGAGUGGCGAAAAAAAGAGAAAAAGAACUUUCACAGAAAGGGACAACGUCGAUAUUGCAGAAUCUUUUCUUCAGCGAAAGAAAGAAUAAAAGGAAAGGCGACAAUCGACCCCGUUUACACGACGUUGAGUUCAUGACGAAUCGAAGUGGCAGCGCGCCCGCACAACAAACGCAUCGUCCAACGAUGAACGCCGAGGGGUUGACGAAUGGCAUUCCGGCUGGUCCCCAUAUGGAAGGUUGGUUAAAUAUGUGGCUUCUAAUCAGACUGGGUUCUAGUGUUUUC